AUUUGAACCAAGGGAGAACAACUAGCUUUUAUUUUGGAAACAGAACGAUCGGUUCCUGUAAAAAUGACGCCGGGACACUCAGGCAUUAAUUGACGCGACUCCGCUGACCGGAUUUAAGUGUUUCCAUAUGGCCGGUUAUUCGCUCACAGGAUACGUGCAUGCAUUGCGGUUCUUAUUUUGAACAAGACCUGGACGCUAACAGAGACAAAGAAGGAGAAGAGUGUGAUACACAUGCCAAAUGACAGAUUUAUAUGAGGAACCGAGUGGGCAGCGCACACAGAGCGGAGUUUGUUUUAAUGUUGUCGUUUGAUUAAAUGGUCAUCGAUCAUACGUUUUUUGACUUCAUAAAAAUGCACCUUGUGGAAAUUUUGCUUUUACUGGCCUAUCUGAUGUAUAGUAACUUCGCCAGCGACUUAAGUGACAGCGACUACUACGAAUAUGACGAGCAGAUGCACGAGGAAGAGUCUGACUCUUCACUCCCGGAGCCAGACAUGGAAGAGAGGUUGCGCUCAGCUUCCAGUGUUGAUGAAUUGAUGAGUCUUAUCUACCCAUUCUACUGGGCUGCUCUCAAGUGUAAAUCUAAAUUACCCUUUGCUUCUGUGUCCAAACUGUCUCACCACCUGGAGCCGUUAAUAGAAACAGAUCAGACAAACUUUGCGGCUGCCUACCUCAACUUGGAUGUUCUGAAAAGUGUAGAGUCAGAGUGGAGAAAGACUCAGUGCAGACCCAGGGAAGUGUGUGUCGACGUGGGCAGGGAGUUUGGUGUACCCACCAACAUCUUCUAUAAACCACCAUGUGUGUCCGUCUACAGAUGUGGAGGAUGUUGCCACUCUGAAGACAAGCAAUGCAGGAAUAUUUCAACUGGUUACCUCAGCAAAACUCUUUUUGAAAUCACAGUACCAAUUGCCCAAGGCACGAAGCCAGUGACUAUUAGUGUGGCCAAUCACACACAGUGCAGUUGUUUGUCUAAGCUUGACAGCUACAAACAAGUCCACAGCAUCAUCAGGAGAUCCCUGACCGACCCCUUUCUUUCAUUCUCUCAUAGUUUGUUACAUUAUGCUUCAAUCGCAAAUUUGGCAGAAGUGUAUUUUUGGAUAUCUGGACAUGUCGUCGAAAAGGCAUCAAGAGUCGGGGGUGGAAAAGAGGAAAAAAAAAGAACAGCAAGAUGAUGCUCACGCGUCUCUUGCAGGAGCAAUGCUUCAAUAUCUUCAAGGAGGAACUCAAGUGCAAGUGAAAGUUUCAGAAGAGCAAUCAUCCACCAUAAGUAGUAAAGAUCAGCCAUCAACCAUCAGAUCGAUAGGCUUUGCAGCAGCAUCCAGCAAUUUGGUGCCAUCUUUUGUGUUUUAUAAAGACUUGAAUAUUAUUAUUUAUCUCUUAUUUUUGUGAAA